AAUCGCGCCAAAUUUUUCCACACAGACAGACAAAAGGCUUGUGUUUGUAUACUGCAUUCUCAUUCUACCUUUUAAAUUUUACUUUGAAUCGUCAUAAUCGUUGUUUUCGUAUUUGUUCAACAUUCGCAUAAAUAAUGGAUUCUUCCAGUCAAAAUACGGAUAAUAUUCUGGAUAGAUUAGUAUCACCAGAUCGUCCAUUUCAAGAACAAACUGAAGAUGAAUUAAUGGAUGGUGAAUAUCAUGAUGAAGUCGAACGAUUAUUCAAUGAUGCUACAUCUGAAAUAGAUGAUUCUUCACAACAACAACAAUCAAGACGUAUUGUUCGUGAUGGAAAUGUUCGUAAUCAAGGUGAUGAUGAUGAUGAAGAAAGUGGUGAAGAAUUGUUUGGCAAUGAUUUUGAACGUGAUUAUUUGCCAAGACCUGAAUUGGAUGUUUAUGAACGUGAUCAAUUGGAUGAUGCUUCAUAUUCGGAAUUAUCGGCCGAUGAUCGUCGUGCUGCUGAAGCUGAAUUACGGCAACGAGAUAAAAUUGAAGGCAGAAUUGCUGGCCGUAUGAGACGUGGUCUGGAUAUUUAUGAUGAUGAAUCGGAAAUUACUGAAACGGCUGAUGCUGAACUAGAAUCGGCAAAGAAAAAGAAACGAUUUUCAAGACGUACGGCCGAAAUUUUUGGCGAAUUAGAAGAUGAAGAUAGAAUGGUUGAAUCGAUUGAAAAUCUCGAAGAUACUCGUGGACUUUCUGUUCGUGAUUGGGUCGUACAAAUGGCACCGAAACGUGAAAUUUUCAAUCGUUUCAAAGAAUUUUUGAUCAACACUUGUGAUGAACGUAAUCGUUUUAUUUAUCGAGAUAAAAUCAAAUCAAUGGUCGAAGAUAAUCGCCAAUCAUUCGAAGUGGAAUAUCAUAUUCUAGCUGCUAAAGAACAAAUUCUAGCCUAUUUUUUACCGGAUGCACCGCUUGAAAUGUUUGAAAUUUUCAACGCAGCUGCCAAAGAUAUCGUGUUGAAAAUGUAUCCAGCAUAUAGUCGAAUUGCUAAAGAAAUCUAUGCACGAAUCAGUCAUUUACCAUUACUUGAAGAUAUACGUUCAUUACGACAACUUCAUCUCAAUCAAUUGGUUCGUACACAUGGUGUAAUCACAUCGGCUACAUCGAUUCUGCCACAAUUGUCUAUAGCUAAAUAUGAUUGUCUUAAAUGUCAUUAUGUUCUUGGACCAUUCAUUCAGACACAAUUGUCCGAAACAAGGCCUGGCUCUUGUCCAGAAUGUCAAAGUAAUGGUCCAUUUUCAUUGAAUAUGGAAGAAACUAUUUAUCAAAAUUAUCAACGAAUCACCAUCCAGGAAGCACCGGGAAAAGUUUCUGCUGGUCGUAUUCCACGAUCUAAAGAUGUUAUUCUUUUAGGCGAUCUAUGUGAUUCAUGUCGUCCUGGUGAUGAAGUAGAAGUGACUGGUGUUUAUUCCAAUUCCUAUGAUGGAUCUUUGAAUAUUGCAAAUGGAUUUCCUGUUUUUUCCACCGUCAUUCUUGGUAAUCAUGUUCUUCGUAAAGAUAAUUGGGCUGCAGCCAUCUCCAUUACGGAUGAUGAUGUUGUAGAUAUUUUGAAAUUGUCUAAAGAUUAUCGAAUCGCUGAUCGUAUUAUUGCAUCAAUGGGUCCAUCGAUUUAUGGCCAUAAAAAAGUAAAACGUGCCCUAGCAUUGGCAUUGUUUGGUGGUGAAUCGAAAAAUCCUGGUGAUAAACAUCGAAUCAGAGGCGAUAUAAAUGUAUUGCUUUGUGGUGAUCCUGGAACGGCUAAAUCACAAUUUUUGAAAUAUUUAUCCAAAAUUGCUCCACGUGCCGUGUUCACUACUGGUCAAGGUGCAUCGGCUGUUGGUUUGACUGCUUCGGUACACAAAAGUCCAUUGACAAGAGAAUGGACACUGGAAGCUGGAGCAUUGGUAUUGGCUGAUCGUGGUGUUUGUUUAAUUGAUGAAUUUGAUAAAAUGAGUGAUCAAGAUCGAACUUCAAUACAUGAAGCUAUGGAACAACAAUCUAUUUCGAUUUCAAAAGCAGGCAUUGUUGCUUCAUUACAGGCUCGUUGUUCUGUAAUAGCAGCAUCGAAUCCGAAUGGUGGACGUUAUGAUGUUGGCCUUACAUUUGCACAAAAUGUCGACCUAACUGAACCGAUUAUAUCACGUUUUGAUAUUAUUUGUCCUGUACGUGAUGUUGUUGAUCCAUAUGCUGAUGAACAAUUGGCAAAAUUCGUUGUACGAUCACAUAUUCGUCAUCAUCCACAUGCAACCGAAGAAGAUAGACAAAAAAUCAAAGAUGCUAAUCUUCAAGAUCAAAUAGCAAAUCUUGAAGAGAAUUUAGAACAAAUGACCAGCCAAGAACAGAUGAAUGAAGUUACAUCAUCGGAUCUUGAACUGAUACCACAGGAUUUAUUACGUAAAUAUAUUAUCUAUGCAAGACAACGUAUACAUCCAAGAUUGGCUAAAAUUGAUAAAGAUAAAAUUACACGAUUAUAUUCAGAAUUACGUCGUGAAUCAAUGUUGACCGGUUCGAUUCCUAUUACUGUACGUCAUAUUGAAAGUAUAAUUCGUUGUGCCGAAGCUCAUGCUCGUAUGCAUCUACGUGAUGCUGUCGGUGAAAAUGAUGUCAAUAUUGCCAUUCAAACAAUUAUCGAUAGUUUUAUUGAAACACAAAAAUAUAGUGUACAAAAAACAAUGAUGAAGACAUUUAGCCGCUAUUUUUCACGUUCAAAUACCGAAUUAUUAUUCACAUUGUUACGACAAAUGAUGCAUGAAGAAAUUGUUUUACGACGUAAUCGAUCACAUCGUAAUGAUCACAAUAUGGGUGGCGAUGAUGAUGAUGAUUUUAUUGAAAAGGUUGAAAUUAGUGAACCAGAAUUUGCUAAAAGGGCACGACAAUUGGAAAUUUAUCAUUUGAAAAAUCUUUAUGAAAGUCGAUCAUUUACAAUGCAAAAUUAUCAUUAUGAUCCAUCACGUAAAGUAAUUGUGCAGAAAUUCUAACCACAUUGUGAUGAAUGGAAAUUUAAAAUUUUCCGAUAUAUAAUGCCAGAAAGAUGAUAUCAUAGGACAAAAAAAAUGUCAAUUGUCAUCAUCAUUAUUCAACAUUUCUUUUCAUUUCA